AUGGCAGUCGACGUGCUCAUGUCGGGCUUGUCCUACACCAGUCCCCAAACCGACCCUGUGGGCAGCGCGCGGCUGCAUCUCGCCAUUGCCCAGCUUGAGGCGAAUCGUAACCAUUGGGUCAAGGCGCAGGAGCAGGCCGCCAGCAGUACCCGUCUUGCGGCUGCUGCCGCACCUAGCUCUGAGGCAGCCAGGGACCUGACCUUGGCUGCGGGCAGUCUGGCGACGCGGGCGUCGCUCAUCCUGGGCCAUGACCAGGACGCCCAAUCGCUGGCGACGGAGUGUGAGCGAGCGCUGCGGGCUGCAGGGCCAUCCACAUCCCCAUCCGGGACACAGCAGCCGCCUGGUGGGUUCGAAGGGCCCGGCGGGGCACCCUUUUCCAGGAACACAGCCCACAUUCGGAGCCUGGGGCUGCGAGCAAUCGCCAUGCAAGGCAGCGCAGCGUCCUCCGCGGAUGCAGCGGCGGCGGGGGAUCUGUUGGCAGCGGCGCUGGGCCCGGACCCGGCAGCCGCGACACGGGCGGAUCAGCGCCUUGCGGAUGCAGCGCACGCUGUGGGACUGUUGCGAGCGCUGCAGGGGAGAAGGGAGGAGUCUGAGGCGGCGCUAACUGCAGCGGCGGAUGCCGCAGGGGUCGCACCAGCAGAGGGAGCAUCAGCCUCGCCUUCGUCCUGGGCGCAGCAGCAACAUAACCGCGAGGUAGCGGCUGACGCUCUGACGGGUCAGGCCCAGAUACUUAUGAAGGCACGGGAGUGGGGCGAGGCGGAGGAGCGCAUGGGCGAGGCACUCAAGGCCGCGGAGGCUGCCCACGGCGACAAGAGCCCCUCCCUGGCGCCGCUGCUGACACUUCUGGGGUACACCUACUCCAGAUCUGCAAGGGUAACAUUCGCCGAGGGGCUCUACCGCGGGGAAGCUGCCCGAUGGGAGGGCUGCGCGCGGCAGUUCUGGGCUGCUAGCGGGGAGCUGGCAGGAUGCGAGAUCGAGGCGGUGCUCGGCGGCGAGGGACAUUUGAAGGGUGAAGGGCCAGAAGGCUCUGGUGUACUAAUCAGCACGCAAUUCCGGCGGGCAUGGCUAUGCCUACCGUUGCCGUAA